UCACUUUCGUUUUAGAAAAACAAAAUGAUCGGUGGACGUUUAUUUCUAGCUCUGCUUAUAUUUUCGUUUAUUAUUGCCUCAUUUUCAACACCCGACUGUUUAAAACGUGCAAAUAUGGAACCAGGCGGUAUGCAUCGUGUAUUUAUCAACAGGAAUCUUUUACUGUAUAGUUUGAUCAUCGUUUUGAUGUUGGCGGGCACUAUAAAUUCAAGAUGCUGUAUGCACAAAAAUGUUAAAAUAUCAGGAUUACAUUCGACCGAUUUAAAAUGCUUUGUGUUUCCAGACAAGUAUGUUGAGGAUAUUCUAAAUGACUACAAUAUUUCCAAAUAUGGAACUGCUCUGGAGAUGAAGUGCAAAGACCGCUACGCAACAUUGUACCAACUGAGGCGAAGUAAAAAACAAACAUUUAUGGUUCUUCCGUUAUCAUUAGAAAGAUAUUUUACAGAAUGCGAAAAGAAUGGGAAUACUGAAGACUUGAUGAAGUUUGAAUGGGCAAGGUAUCGAACCUUUUGUACAUUUCCGCAGAGUUCACCUGCAAGACCUAUACGCCUGGCAGCAAAUGGAUUUUACUACUGUGGACACGGCGAAGAUGACACUGUCCGAUGUUUUUCAUGCAAACAAGUAUAUCACGGUUUUAAAGAAGGUGACAUAGCGUCCAAUAUUCAUUCUCGAAUCUCGCCAAAUUGCGCCUUCCUUACCGGGGUCGAUAAGUCAAAUGUUGGUAUUCACACCGAAGAGCAGACGGGCAACGCGAGCGGUGGAAGUACGGAACCGGAGAAAGACCAUCAAAAUGGGACACGCUUACAGAAACAGAGUGAAGUGUUGCCUGACAAAAAUGCACAGUUUUCCAGCAGACGACAACAUAAGCAUCCGGAUUAUGCUAACUACCAACACAGACUGGACACGUUUUCUGUCUGGCCUUGUCCCGAGAUUCUAGAGCCGUCUGUACUUGCAGACGCGGGUUAUUUUUAUGCAGGUUUCGGUGACUGCGUCCGGUGUUUUUCCUGCGGAGGCGGGCUCCGCAACUGGGAAUACGGCGACGGGCCCUGGGCAGAGCAUGAAAGAUGGUUUCCACAGUGUCUAUACCUCAACGAGCGACUUAAAGACAGGAAAGGGGUUGCUAUGGAAACACUAAAUGCAGCUAAGGAAAAAACACAACCAGAAAAUACGAAUCUUUUAAGUGCCAAGUCUGAUAUUAUCACUAACGAAAACAAAGCAGGCUCGGGAAUCAGCACUGCAGAUAAAGCUCCUAAAAACGUUUUCGAAGAGAAUGAAAGACUGAAAAACCAGCUAACAUGCAAAAUAUGCAUGGACAAUGCCUCCAACAUGGUAUUCAUACCAUGUGGUCACAUGAUUUCCUGUGAGACAUGCGCACCCCAUAUUCGGAAGUGUGCUAUUUGUCGGAAGUUGAUUGAAGGUCGCGUGAAAGCGUUUAUGUCUUGAACCGGAAAUGAAGAAAAAAUCGGGUUUACAUUUUUCAAACGCUCUGGAUAAGGGGAAUGAGAUGGAAACAAGAUGCUUACGCGCUAGUAUUUGACACGAGAGUAAGACUGAGUGGUUUACAUGGAGUUUCUCGGGUUUAUCAGCGUAUUUUGUCAAUGAUCAGGCAGCAUUAUUACAUUUUUGGGCUUUUCAUCUAUGUGAUAGCUUGGGUUCUGUGAUAAUAAGAUCUGUAUUCUAUAACAUUUGAAUUGUAUGUGAUGUGUAUAGUACUUUCAGUCUACUUUUAUUUUAUUUUUUUCCCAAAAAAGGAAGGGUUUUUUAAUACUUUUUUGCACGUUGUUCUUUCAAACAUUGAUAUUUUAUUAUUGCUUUUGAUUGCAUUUUAAAAUUUUCACUGCUAGUUAUAGAUUGUCUAUAUGAAUACUUUAUUGCCAGAUUGUUAAUUUAAGUAUUAUUUUUUGCUUUUCGGAAUUUCAAUAACACAUGUUUUAUACAUAUAGAUGUACUUUGACUUUAUAUAAUUUUUGCUUGUUUCUGAAAAUUAUGUAUAACAUUUUGUAUUUAUAAAUUUUAUGAGAUAUGAUGUAUUAUUUCCCCAUGUUGGAAUUCUUGGAGCUUAAACUUAAGCGACAUUUGUUAAGGCUUUCUGGCCUUGAUGGUUCCAAGUCGACAUUUAAACCUUAAAAGUGUCCAUGUGUCUUUUGACUUUAACGAAAACUGAUAUUAUUUACACAAAUAUUGUACUUUUUGACCUGUGAAUAAGAUUGAUUUUAUUUAUAACAUUUUAUUUUUGUAAAACCCAUACAUUUAUAUAUAUUUACAUACUGGUAUUCGUUUCGGCUUAUUUGAUCUAAUAAAGUUUGAAAUUAAAGUGGUUUCAGA